AUGUCCAAUCCAAUCAAACAUGGUGUUACAUUUUUAACCAGAGAAGAGGCUCACUCAACGUUGCGUUUAGAAGACUACUACGAUAUCGAUCGUAAAUUUUCAAAGCCUGGAUUUCGAACUGAAGAUGGCCAGUUCAAUUGGCAUUGUUCUUGUGUUAGUUCAUACAUAUCCGGUCCUUGUGGAUACUUCUUUCGAAAUUUUAUGCAGAAUAUUGACAAAUUCUUAAAAAGCGAGGACGCUUUUGAAAAACAACAAAAUCGAAACUUGUUUAUUCAACUUCAUUCUCAGUUAUUAGGGUGUUUAAAAGCUCAUCCUGUAUAUUAUAAAUCAUUCAUGGAUGAGUAUGCUUCACCGUUAGAUAGUUUGAUGAAAGAUGUAGAAUAG